UUAAAGGCCAAAGAAACCAAAGAAUAAAGGAGGCAAAGACGAUGAACGGGCUUCAACCCCAAACACACUACAUGCCGCCAUUUUGCCUCUGAGGCGGAAACAAAGGAACAAACACUUGCCCUCCUCUUUUGUCCGUUUCGAUCCGCUUGUUGGUGCCGAAAUGGAACCCUUGUCUUUCGUCGCAGACAAGAUCAAACGGUUCGGGAAGGCGGCUUUCACCACGCGCUCGAAUUCGCUCAGGCAAAAUCCUGUUGAAAUAGUGAAAAGUUUACGACAAGAAGCACAUUCUGAAUUAGUGAAGCUAAUGGAGAGGCAGGAUAAAGUUGAACACUUGCUUGCCUUUAAACUUGGCAAAAAAAGGCCAUUCCACGAAGUCAGUAUACAGAUGAAGGGAAUAAUCAAUGUGGUUGGAUUUUUGUUGUUUGGAAAAAAUGAUUUCCGGCAGUCCUGUGGUGUUCUACAUGGAGCAGGAAUCAAGACGGGCAUCCAUUCAAGAUUCAUGUUUGAGAAGGUUGUCGGGCAGAAAAAUGAUCUUGUCGCAGAGUUUGUGACCAGCCGAGAGCAUCCUCUAUCACUAGAAAGAUUGAUGUACUCGGCACACAUCAAUAAACUUUCUUCAGCCACGAUAGCCUUAGGCGUCGAAUGCAACGACUUUACCAUCAGUCCUAGUAGUAUGCAGGAGCAGUGUCUUAAUGGGUUCAUUCCAUCUGGGCCGCCUUUGUUUAACCAGAAUCAUGGUUGUGCUGCUGGCAUAGUGCUUAAAGGAACAAAGAUAGCAGGUUCUUUAGCCGAGUUGGUUUCUGGGAUCGGAAUGCAACGUGAUGGCACUGGGCAGAGCAGUUGCUUGACCACAUUUGGGCAAGUUUCUUACCAACUUUUUGAACGAGUAAAAGUAAAUCUCUCUGGUGCCUGGCAAAAACCUGCAUCUGGGUUUAUCAAACUUGGUACGCUUACUAUACCACUGAGCAAUUUGAAACAACAUACAGGAGCCGAAGCAUCUCAUGCUAUUGCCGUGACAGAACCAGCAGACGGCGACUUAGCUAACUCUGCUGCUGGGUCGAUCGCUAUAAUGUUGGAUUCGGAGGUCGACGGUAGUAGCAAAUUAGGAUUUUGGUUGGAGUUGCAGAAAUCUAGCCCAGGUUCACCGAAGUUGGGUUUGUCUUUAUCUAAUACCCCUUCUGGUGAGCUAGGAUGGGGUGUGAAACUGAGAGGAACGAGUAAUGAGCAGUUGACCCUUCAUAUGGAAGGGUUUCUCAUGUUCUGUCUUGGUGGAAAUUUUGUGUUGCAACCUGGCCUAGUAUAUGUGAUUGAAGGGGGAACUAGAACUCCUGCAUUCAUAUGUCAAUCAAGCUGGUCUUUGUAAUCAUUUCCAAAGUUCUCGUCGCUGUAGUUGAUGUUGUUGCAGUUAUGGUGGCACCAACUUUGCAAAGAAGUUCGUUCCACUGCUGCAGUUUCUUCAUCUCGCAUUCGAGCUGUAUGAUCGAUUACAAUGUUUAAAAUCGCACUCUGAUAUCGAUUUUGAGAUAUUAUCCAAAAUAUAUUGUGAGGAGUUC